AUGGCACGGGGCAUUCGUGGCUACUCUAUGGAUAUUCACUUUUUCCCCACUUUCUCCUUCCGCUCUGUUUACACAGACUACCCGAAGCUCAUCAACAGCCAAAAAACAGCCGAACAAACCUACGAACACAAACCAAAUCCACAGCGAGCACCGCCUUCGCCGCGCCUCUCGGCCACCUCAUAUGCCCAGACUUCUCUGAACAGCAACAGCAGCACUACCUCCAAGGCUGCAGCGGCCUCUGGGAAACCAUUCGAGCCAACCCCGAGAUAUCCGAAGCUAAUUGCACUGAAAGCCUUCCUGAUGGCCACAGGGAAAGCGAUACAAGCAGCCAGCCACCGCGCACCACCGGCGCCAGCGAAUCGAAUCCACACGCUCAUUCAGCAGACUUCGGGUGCACGGCCCAUCCCAAUCUGGGCUGAUUUCGCAGCCGGUAUCUCGACCUUCCAUGAGCGGGCACAGAGCUCCACGUCGCAUGCGAGCGUGUCGGAGAUUUCGUUUGGCAGCCUUGAUGCAAACGGUAAGUUGACGGAAGAGAGUGUAGCCGUGGCGUUGACGUUUCUGGGGUGCGAUAUCACGUCUACGACGGCAGAUGAGAUUGAGGCUGUGUGGAUUCUGCUAGGCGUUCAGGAAGGUACGCGCGAUGAGCUGGAGGAGUUCUUGCUCUCAGCAUCUCGGUAG